AUGGAUCUUAGCAGAAAUCCUAAUAAUCAAAACCCUUACGCAAAUUGCAACAUGCAGCCCUAUAAUCGUAAUGACAAUCAAUGGCCUGGUUUUGCUCCUCCAAAUUUUGCUCUUCCGAAUCAUCAAAAUCUCCUGUCAGAAGGUAUACUAAUUGCCAGAGAAUCGGCUCCACACGGGAACCAUUUUCCACGUGUGGAGCGAUUUUUUCACACGUGGAAAUCAGGAUUCUUACGUGUGGAAAAUGGUUCCCGUGUGGAGCCGAUUUUCGGUUGCCCGAGGAUGGUGCAAUAAGCGCAAUCCUCGGGCAAUUUCUAUAUCUCCCCGCUUGACCCUGGCUUUGAUGCCGGAGUCCUCGACGACAGGAAUUUAAGGCAUGCUGAGCUUCAACACGAAAGAUGAAUGGCAGCUGAAAAUCACAGCCACGAGCAAAAACUGGCAAUGAUAAACGCUUAUACCCAAAGCUAUGAAAGCCAGCUAAACUAUCAUAAAGAACUCGGCACAAAGAGCAUGGAAGUCAGCCUUGAGCGCUUCAGAGAAGAUGGGAGACUGAAAUCUGAAAGAAGGAAAAACAAGACCGACCUAAAAAUCAAAGUAAUGGAAAAUGAAACAGAAAGAGCCAAAAACCAGGAGGAAGCAGAAACCAAUAGAAUUACUAGCAACAAUAAUAAAGAAAUCGAAAAUUGCAAAUCAAAUACUGAAAGAGAAAUUGAAAAAUGCAAACAGGAAUGCAAUAGAGAUAUUCAGAAAUCUCAGUUUGAGUCUCAAGUUUCAAGUGAAAGAAUUAGAUCGGAUACGCAAAUACAGUGUGAGAAAUAUAAAUAUGAUGCUAAAGUUCAGGAAAAGAAAAUUGAUAGAGAGAUCGCACUUUUCGGAACAUUCAACCAACUCUUCGAUAAAGGCACGUCACUAAUGAAAAAUGCUGCAGGUUUAUCUCUAGCAGGGAAAAAAGAAUAA